AUGGGCCACCGAAGACUGCGCCUCCUCUGGCGGUUUCUGGUAUUUCUAUUCCUCGCUCUCCAGAUCCUCUCGGCAGCUGACUUUGACCCCUACCGGGUUCUAGGUGUGAGCCGGACGGCGAACCAAGCGGAUAUUAAAAAAGCCUACAAGAAACUCGCCAGAGAGUGGCAUCCUGAUAAAAACAAGAACCCGGGAGCAGAAGACAAAUUUAUCCAAGUCAGCAAAGCUUAUGAGAUUCUUUCAAACGAAGAGAAGAGGACAAACUAUGACCGCUUCGGAGACGUAGGAGAUAACCAGGGUUACUCCCAGCAGCAGCAGCAUCACCACUUCCGUCACUUCCACGACAGCUUCUACUUCGACGAGUCGUUCUUCCACUUCCCCUUUAAUUCCGAGCGCAGGGAUUCCACUGAUGAGAAGUACCUCCUGCAGUUCUCCCACUAUAUCAACGAGGUGGUCCCCGACAGCUUCCGCAAACCCUACCUCAUCAAGAUCACCUCCGACUGGUGCUUCAGCUGCAUCCACAUCGAACCUGUGUGGAAGGAGGUGGUGCAGGAGUUGGAGGGGUUAGGUGUGGGCAUAGGAGUGGUGCAUGCUGGGUAUGAGAGGCGGCUGGCUCACCAUCUCGGUGCACACAGCACUCCGUCCAUUUUGGGAGUGAUUAAUGGGAAGAUCUCCUUCUUUCACAAUGCCGUCUUACGGGAAAAUCUUCGACACUUUGUGGAAAGUUUACUGCCGGGAAAUCUAGUGGACAAGAUCACAGAUAAAAACUACAUCCGGUUCUUAUCCAAUUGGCAGCAGGAGAAUAAACCGCACGUGCUCCUGUUUGAUCAGAUGCCUCCUGUCCCACUGAUCUACAAGCUGACGGCGUUUGCCUAUAAGGAUUACCUGUCUUUCGGAUACGUGGACCUUGGCCAGAGGGAGACGGAGCAGAUGAGCAGCCAGUACAAUAUUAACAUGUACGCCCCAACAAUGCUGGUCUUCAAAGAGCACAUUCACAAGCCAGCUGAUGUUGUGCAGGCACGAGGAAUGAAGAAACAAGUGAUUGAUGACUUCAUUUCUACCAACAAGUUCCUCCUAGCAGCCAGGCUGACUAAUCAGAAGAUAUUUCAGGAGCUGUGUCCUGUGAGGAAAUCGCACCGUCAGCGCAAAUAUUGUGUCGUCCUGCUAACUGGGGAGGGGGAACCCUUCAAGAAAACCUAUGACUCCUUCCUGGCUUUUGCUUCGGCCAACACCAAGGACACUGUUCGAUUUGUCCAUGCUUUCAAGGAACGCCAACAAGAGCUCGCCAUCUCACUGCUUGGAGAGGAUAUAAAGCCCGGAGAAUCCUCUGUGGCAAUACUUGAAAGACGGAACUCGGCUGGCAGAAUAGUGCACAGGACCCUGGCCAGCGCCUGGAGUGGCAGUGAGGAGAACAAGUUUGCUCUCUUGGAUUUCUUAGACCGCUUGAGGAAAGACCCCAGCAUCUUGUCUUCUGAGACCAUUCUGACUGAUCUGAACGAUGAGCUCGCACCGGUGUUCUUCCUGCGCUGGGUCUACAUUGCAGUUGACUACUGGUCGGAUGUAUGGGAGAGCGUCCUGCAUAAUAACUGGAGGGAGAUGAUGCCGCUGCUGUCUCUGAUUUUCUCGGCUCUCUUUAUCCUUUUUGGGACGGUCAUAGUGCAGGCGUUCAGUGACUCUAGCGAUGAUAGAGAUUCUGUUCCAUCUGAUAAAGAAGAGCCAAGUGACAAGGAGAAGAGUAGCGAGACCAACUUCACCAAGGAGAAUACCAGGGUUCCUAAGAAAGGCUUCGUGGAGGUGACGGAAUUAACAGAUGUAAAUUAUAUGAGUAACCUCGUCCGGCUGCGCCCGGGCCACAUGAACGUUGUCCUCAUCCUCUCCAGCUCCACCAAGGCUAGUCUGCUGCAGAGGUUUGCCCAAGAAGUAUAUACCUUUACUGGGAGCAGCUCCCUUCACUUCUCCUUCUUGAACCUGGACAAGCACCGUGAGUGGCUGGAGUACUUGCUGGAGUUUGCUCAAGACGCAGCAACGAUCGCCUAUCAGUACGACGAGCAUUUCCUGGAGCGCGACUACACCGGGUACGUGCUGGCUCUGAAUGGACACAAAAAAUACUUCUGUCUCUUUAAAGCGCAGUCCACGCUGGAAGACGAGAAGCUCUCGGACGAGGGAGAGGUCUGUUCUCCCAGCGGGGACUCGUUAAGGAAGAUUUCUCUAGGCUCCGGGGCGGGCCACAUCAAAAAGAAAUUAAAUAAGCUAUCGCUGUGGAUGGAGCGUCUAUUAGAGGGCUCAUUACAGAGAUUCUACAUCCCCUCCUGGCCUUUGCUGGACUGACACUACAUGGUGGUGGGGGGGCGGCAUCCAGUCCGAUGAAACUGUGAACAUUUUAGAUGUUUGUCCUUGACGUCGGGAUCCUACAUGCUGUUAUUGCGUCAUCCAAUCCUGCCUGGGGCAAGCAUGAGUGGAAGCGGGGUGGGGGAAGCUCGCUUUUUUUUUUUUAUUACAUGAAGCGAGCGCUCCGUGAUGACGCCAUUGA